UAUAGUCCAACGGUUGUAUCUACUUCCCUUCAGUUCCAUAUCUAUUCUCUGUUCCACUUCUUAUCUUUGUUAUCUUCCGUUAGAAGAGGAUAGUCUCCCUCUCAGAAGCACCCAGUAACACAGGAACCCACGCUGAAGAAAAAAUUCGAUAUCCGAGGCCAUGACAGAAGAAGGGAGAAAAAUCACGUACCCUUUAGAUUCCGGGUCGUAUCGCCUCCUUUAUGAGGUCGGCAGCGGCGUGAGUGCAGUAGUCUACAAAGCCACUUGCCUGCCAUUAAACUCUGCCGUUGUAGCAAUCAAGGCCAUCGAUCUCGAGAGGUCCCGAGCCAAUCUGGAUGACGUGCGACGAGAGGCAAAGGCCAUGGCCCUCCUCUCUCACCCGAACAUCCUCCAAGCCCACUGCUCCUUCACCGUCAACAGCCACCUCUGGGUGGUGAUGCCGUUCAUGGCCGCUGGCUCGUUGCACUCCAUCAUUUCCUCCUUGUUCCCCGACGGCCUCCCGGAGCCAUCCAUUGCCAUAGUUCUCAAGGAGAUCCUCCAUGCCCUCUCCUACCUCCAUGACCAGGGCCACAUCCACCGCGACAUCAAGGCUGGCAACAUCCUAGUCGACUCUGAUGGCACCAUCAAGCUCGCAGACUUUGGGGUAUCCGCGUCCAUCUACGAGUCGCACCCCUCCUCGUCCUCCACCUCGUCGUCCUCGUCUUUCUUCAAUGACAUGGCGGGAACUCCCUACUGGAUGGCUCCCGAGGUGAUCCACUCGCACGUCGGCUAUGGUAUCAAGGCCGACAUAUGGUCGUUUGGCAUCACUGCCCUUGAGCUCGCGCAUGGCCGGCCUCCACUCUCGCACCUCCCGCUCUCCAAAUCGCUGAUGAUGAGGAUCACCAGCCGCCUCCGCCUUGAGGACGCCCACGAACAGUGCGCCAAAGAGAAUGAUAAGAAGAAGAAGAAAAAGAAAUUCUCCAAAGCAUUCAAGGAAAUGGUGGCCUCCUGCCUCUCCCAGGACCCCUCGAAGAGGCCGUCAGCUGACAAACUUCUCCGCCACCCCUUCUUCAAGAACUGCAAAUCUCCUGACUACUUCGUCAAGAACGUGCUGCAAGCCGUGCCGACGGUGGAGGAGAGGUUCAAAGAAAGAAGAAUUGCGGGAGGGCAUCCGGACGAGGCCGAUAGUGGUGGAUCGGCAUCCCCACCCGUCAAGAACCGACGGGUAAGCGGAUGGAAUUUUAACGAAGAUGUCUUCAAACUGGACCCGGUUUACCCGGAAGAGAUCGAGGACAAGUGCGCGAUCAAAUGCAUUCAGCUCAGUGGAGAUGAACUCAGCAAUGGAGAUCAAGAAGGGAACGAGGAGUCCAAAGUCGAAGAGGAAGAUUUGGCUAAGAAAGCAAUUCUGAAGGAGUCUUUGGUCCCGAACCUGGUUUCGCUACUGAGUAGCUUGGAAUUGCAGAGGGGGAUGGUGAUGGACGUGCUGGCGCAUUGCGGGUGCAAGGAUGGGCAGGACGAAAAGGUGAGGGAGCAGAGGGAGCAGCAGCUUUUGGGGUACGUGAGGAGCCUGCAGCAGACUGUCGACGAUCUGAACCUCCAGCUACAGAGAGAAAUGAAGAGGAAUCGUGAACUGGAAGAGGCACUGGACCGUCUCAGGAGGAAGAGCAGUGAGGAGCAGCAGAGAGCCAUCAGCACCUCGUGAAGACAAUGGAUGCUCUGUGACCUAAGUGGACUAAAGUGGACCCUACAUAGUCAUCAAAGUCAAUUUUAGUCGAUCUGGACAAUCACACUAGUCUUACCUGAAUCCAACUCGAGUCAAUUAUGUAGGUAUUAAGAUAAUCAAACACAGAUGUGUUGUAUAUAUUGCACCUUAUCGUCAUUACAGUUUUUCUUUCCGUCAUUUGUUUUGCAUGACCUUUUUUUUGAGUGACAAGUGGGGCCGAAGUCCACCACUCGAGUUGGACAGCUAAUGCAGUGCUUCAGGAUCGGGUUGCAUCUUUCGCGUGGAGGAAUGGUUUAUAUCUAUUUCGCGGUGUACACGCGGUACCGCAGAAGAUCUCGUUUCUGUGCAGAUAGAUGAA